GUGCGGCUCCCUUGUGCUCCGGCCUCAGUAAUUACCGAUCAUCAAUCAGCGUUAAUCACAGCUGAUUAGGCGGGAGGGGGGCGGCGCCUUCCCAGGCCGGGCGCGCCGGAGGCCGGGCCCUGCCCCCCGAGCGGGCUAAGGGGGAACUCAGGCGUGGCGUGAGGAAGAUGGAUGAGUCCGGAGGGCGACACCCCGCCCCCCCACCCCCGCGCUGAGCCGGGCUGCGGGGAGCCUUGGAGCGCGCCGCCACUCCAGCCCUCGAAGGCAGUAGGCAGGCAGCGCUGCCGGGGCUCCGGGGCACGGGCUGCGGCGCAGGAGCCUAGGGGUGGCGAGCCCGAAGCUCGCAGGACUGGGGGGAUCCUGAGAAAGAGACCCGAGAACCCAGGCAUCGCGCCCCGCGCAGCGCAGAGGGGGAUCCCUGCGCAGCGCAGAGCCGGGGCACCGCGGGCCCGGGAGCAGCCGGGCGGCCCAGCAAGUUGGCGGUGGCUGGAUCCCGUGGGGAGGUGGGGGCGCAGCCAGCCCGGGAGGCGCUCCGCGCCCGCUCGACAUGCAGAGACCAAGCGGCCAAGGGGCCGCCUUCUCCAUCGACUCGCUGAUCGGGACCCCGCCACCGCGCUCCGGCCAUCUGCUCUACACCGGCUACCCCAUGUUCAUGCCCUACCGGCCGCUGGUGCUGCCCCAGGCGCUGUCGCACGCGCCCCUGCAGUCUGGCCUCCCCCCGCUCGCCCCGCUGGCCUCCUUCACCGGCCGCCUCACCAACACCUUCUGCGCCAGCCUGGGGCAGGGGGUGCCCUCCAUGGUGGCGCUCACUACGGCGCUGCCCAACUUCAGCGAGCCCCCCGACGGCUUCUACCCGGCGCAGGAGUUGCCGGCUGCGCGCACCAAUCCGGAGCCGGGCUGCAGGCGGAGCGCCGAGAGCCUGGAGGCGGAGGAGCUGCCCCCGGCCAGGGACAAGGGGCCUCCUGAGCAGCCGCUACACUUCCCGGACCCCUUUCCCAGCCUGGCAGAUGGCAAGGCGUACAGCUCAGACGAAGAGAAGCUGGAGGUGAAAUCAGCAGAGACCCCGUGCAGUGAGAGGGAAGAGGAGAGCUCUGCGCCUGACAGUGAGGACGAGAGCUUCCUGGAUGGAAGCAGCACCAGCUGCCUAGGGCCCAAGCCCAGGGCCAAGAGCAGCUCUGGAGGGGAGCAAGCACCUCCUGGCUCCAACCCAGGGAAGAGCCGCCGGAGGCGCACAGCCUUCACCAGUGAGCAGCUGCUGGAGCUGGAGAAGGAAUUUCACUGCAAGAAGUACCUGAGCCUGACAGAGCGCUCGCAGAUUGCCCAUGCCCUCAAGCUCAGUGAGGUGCAGGUCAAGAUCUGGUUCCAGAACCGCCGCGCCAAGUGGAAACGCAUCAAAGCCGGCAACGUCAACAACCGCUCCGGUGAGCCUGUCCGCAACCCCAAGAUCGUGGUGCCCAUCCCUGUUCAUGUCAACAGGUUCGCCGUGCGCAGUCAGCACCAGCAGAUAGAGCAGGGCAGCCGGCCCUGAACCCCCCCGCCCACAUGCUCCGGGCUCCACUCAGAAACUCUGUGGGAGGAAAACGCCAAAUGCCCUGGCUGCAAACGAGCAGGUGUGUGCCAUGCCCAGCAGCGGGGCCUGCCUUGCAUGGCCAAGCAGGACUGACCCAAGCUCCCAUUCCAGACACUGCAGCAAAGGGAGAGGCUCCAGUGCAGACCCUGGGGGCGGUGCUGCAGGGGGAGUUUUAACCAUUUGUGCUCCAGCUGCUGCUCACAAACCUAUCUGUAAAUAUCCCUUAUUUAUUCUGUGUAAAGUCUGUACAUAUGGAAUUGUCUGUCGGUCUGUCUGUCUGGGGGAGUGCAGGGCUGCCUCCAGGAGGGAUGGGGCUCUAGCUGGUGCGGGGCUCUGCUUGUACCGAGCCCCUGGGUUCCUGUGUGCAAUGAUCAGUCUGUGGGUUCUCCAGGCCCCUUAUCUCUGCAUGCCGCCCUCUCUUCCCCCACCCCUUCAGCCCCUCCUCCCUGCGGCAGGGCAGGGCUGCACAGAAGGGGUGGAUGGCAUAUGUAUUCUCUCACUGUCCGUAAGGUAUCGCUGUGACUGGCUGCGUCUGUGCCACAUCCAUGUAUAGUUGUGACUUCAAUAAAUUAUUUUCUAUGGAAAGGAAA